AGCACUGGAUUUGCCUCGAGAUCAAGAAACUGACACAGGAAAGGUGAUCAGAAGUCAUCGCCGAAGAUAUUUACUUCCCAACGACCUCACCCUGCUUGAUGCAAUCUCAUUUCAACGGUGCUGGAUGCACUGCCAGAUGCCUGUGAACCCGUUUUAAGUCCUCUUUUUACCAAGGGCAACACCAGACUUCCGUGGAAUAGCUUUCCUCUGCCCCCUCAGUAAUGCCAAGCUUCCGAAGUAGGAUCUUUUUCGCCCUAAUAUCUUUGGCCGCCCUCCCUUUGACUUGGGCUAUAGUCAAUGGUCCUGUCAUCUCUGCCAACUUUCCUGAUCCUGCUAUCCUUGUUACUAGUGGGGGUACUUAUGCAUUUGCAACUAACUCCGGCAACAUCAACAUUCAGGUUGCAACGUCAACUGAUGGUGGUGUAACUUGGGAAUUGCAGUCUGGUGUUGAUGCACUCCCGAAUGUAGGGUCUUGGGCAACUGCAAACAGUACUUGGGCACCUGAUGUCAUUGACAGAGGGGAUGGAACUUUUGUGAUGUACUAUGCGGCAUGGUCGACCUCACACAGUACUCAUUGCGUAGCAGCUGCUACUUCCGUCACCCCUGCCGGACCGUACACUCCCGAGUCUCACCCAAUUGCCUGUCAAACUUCAGGCGGUGGUGCCAUUGACCCCGCAGGGUUUCAGGAUACCAACGGUACACGCUACAUUGUGUACAAGGUGGAUGGGAGCAGUCUUGGAGGAGGUGGACCUUGCGGGAAUGCCAACGGAGAAUAUUCUACUCCUAUCAUGCUUCAGGAAAUGGAGGCUGAUGGUGUCACGCCUACUGGGGAACCGGUCCAGAUUUUGGAUAGAGGGCAAUCCGAUGGACCCCUCAUCGAAGCCCCAGCGCUUAUCUUGCAUAAUGGAACUUACGUGCUUUUCUUCUCCUCGAAUUGCUACAACACCGAUCUUUAUGACAUCUCAUACGCAACUGCACCAUCCAUUUCCGGCCCAUACACCAAGGCUUCAUCGCCGUUGCUUAUAACUGAUGACGAUGGCCUCACAGCACCUGGCGGUGCUACACCACGCCUUGAUGGUGAGUUUAUGGUGUUUCAUGCAACCGUAAACACAAAUCCGUUGACUCGUUAUAUGUAUACGGCGACGGCGACGUGGAAUGGGACUAUUGUGAGCACAUGAUAAAACCACAUCAUGUUUCUAACGAAAUGUGCGCACCAUGACUUUUAUACACAAUUGACUAUCCUUAUGACUCGAACUGCUUCUUGAGAUGACUGAUUGUACCAGACGCCUCAGGUAGAAAAAUCACUAACCUGGGCUGAGUAACUAUCAAUGCAUCACAUACAUACAAUACGCAUGGUUUUGCACCGGUGUUAGCUUACUUAUGCCAAUUAUUUUGAGCAUUGUCAUUUUGCCUUAAUUAUAUACGUUGAAUUAUG